AUGAAGCCAUGGAGUGUAGAUAUGGACAUGGAGAAGGAGGAGAUUAGGUCUGUUCCUAUAUGGAUCCAAUUAAAACUUAAUAUCAAAUAUUGGGGGGAAAAGGCACUCUUCAAAAUUGUGAAUCAAAUAGGGAAACCUGUGAAAAGAGAUUCUGCCACUACUAAUAGGGAUAAGUUUCACUUUGCUAGGGUUUUAGUGGACAUGCCUAUUACUCACAGUUUGCCUGAUCAAGUUUCUUUCAUGGAUGAACAUGGUGAAUUGAUUAAGGUAGACAUAAAGUAUGAAUGGAAACCUAGUCAGUGUGGGGUGUGUAAGAUGGUGGGACACCAAGAUGCUGAAUGUAGGCAAGGUAAUAGGAAAGUUUGGGUGCAGAAACACUCAAUGCAGCCAGUGAAACCAAUGGUGCAAGCUCCUGCAGUUGAUCAAGAGGGUUUUCAACAAGCUCUUAGGCCUAUCAGGGUGAGAAACUCAAUUGCAGCACCAACACACUUGAAAAACACUUUUCAUUUGUUAAAUGAAGAGGAAAUUGGUGAAGUUGAACAUGUAGUAGUGGAGUUGGACAUUGAAGAUGGGGCAGGACUUCUGGAGCAUAAGGUGAAGGUUCCUAAUCUUGGGAAUCUUUACCAAAAAGUAUUUUUGAAUUGGUGUUUCACUAGUAAUAGCAGUUAUCAUGAUGGGGGUAGGAUUGUGCUUGCUUGGAAUCCUAGCAGUUUUGUUGUGACUAUUCUACAAGUUACAAGCCAGCUUAUUCACUGUCUGGUUAAGCCAGUGGGUGGUUCUUCUAGUUUUUAUUGUACUUUCAUCUAUGCCUUCAAUGAAAGUCAUAAGAGAUUGGAUCUUUGGAGUGAUCUCAAAGCUUUAUACACUCAGGAUGCUUGGAUUAUGUGUGGUGAUUUUAAUUGUGUAAUGACCACUGAAGAGAAGAUCGGGGCUCCUGUUAGGAAUGCUGAGAUUGUGGAUAUAUGUCAAUGUAUGCAUUUCUGUGGAAUGGAAGAUAUUAAGAGUGUGGGGAAUUAUUACACUUGGAACAAUAAACAGCAAGGUGCUGCCAGAGUAUUUUCAAAGCUUGACAGAAUUAUGGCAAAUUCUAAUUGGCAAACUCAAUUUCCCACAGCUGAGGUUUGUUUUAUGAAUGAGGGCACUUUUGAUCAUUCCCCUGGUUUGCUUACUGUUUAUCCUAGAACUGGAGGGGGAAAGAAGCCUUUUAAAUAUUUCACUAUGUGGAAGAGUUCUCCUGAUUUUCUCUCUAUCAUUCAGCAUCAAUGGAACAAGCAAUUUCAUGGCACAAAGAUGUAUGUGGUUGUUAACAAAUUGAAGCAAGUUAAGGGUGCUUUGAAGGAUCUGAAUAGAGUGGGUUUCUCUGAUAUUCAGGCUGCAGAUAUUAAGGCAUUUAAGAUAUGA